AUGAAGAAAGAUUGCAUGGCCUAUGCAAAGGGUUGUACAGAUUGUCAAAAGCAUGGCCUAAUGCAGUGGGUUCUAGCAAUAGAGAUGCAAUUAUUAGUCAAACCAUGGCCUUUCAGAGGUUGGGCCAUGGACUUAAUCGGCAAGAUUAAUCCUCCUCCAUUAAAAGGUUAUCAUUGGAUUAUUUUAGCUGCCGAUUACUUCACCAAAAGGGUAAAAGCCGAGGAAUAUGUAUCAGUAACUGGUAAUACUGUUAUACAGUUUUUAGAGCGACAUAUCUUUUACCGAUUUGGUUUAUCAGAAACAAUUGUUGCCGAUAAUGGAUCUGUGUUUCGGGCAGGAGAAGUAUUGCAACUCGGCUGUGAUAUGCAAGUAAAAAUAGUAACUUCAACACCCUAUUAUGCUCAAGGGAAUGGUCAGGCUGAGGCUUCGAAUAAAGUUGUAAUUGAAAUCAUUGUAAAAAUGAUAAAGGACAAGCCGAGGUGUUGGCAUGAAACCUUUUCAGAAGCCUUGUGGGCUUAUAGAAAUUCAAAGCGAACAAGUACAGGAACAACUCCUUAUCGGUUAACCUUUGGCCAUGAUGCUGUGUUGCCAAUGGAGUUAAAUGUAAAAUUGGCAAGGGUAGCUCUACAACAUAAUCUUAUACCUGCCGAUUACAAUGAAGCUAUGCUUGCUGAGUUGGAGGAUUUAGAUGAGGUUCAAAAACUUGCUUUAGACCACCUUAUGGUCCAUAAAGCAAAUGUAAUGAAGGCUUACGACAAAAGGGUGAAGUUCAAGUCAUUUGCAGAGGGUGAUAUGGUUUGGCAAACAAUUCUCCCACCUGGAAAAGUAGACAGAACUUAUGGCAAGUGGUCACUUACAUGGAAUGGACCAUAUAUAGUUCAUCAGGUGUUACAUGGAGGUGCAUAUAAGUUGAAGGAUUUGGAUGGUGAGGUGCAUGAAAGACUAAUAAAUGGAAGGUAUUUGAAGAAGUAUCAACCCAUUAUUUUUGAACUUAUGGAGGAAAAGAAAGCCUCUAAUAAGUCAAAUAUAAAGAGUGAGUGUUCAGCUUAA